AUGUCUUCACCUUCCUUUGAAGCGCAGAAUGGAUCGGACAAGAGCGGCUCUUCGGAAGAAACACAGAGUCAUGGUGAUCCUACCGGUACCAGUUUGGGUUCUCGCAGUAUCGUCGUUGAAGCUUCCUUUGACGAAGGCGAUGGCAGAGGACCAUUGGGUGAGAGUAAUAUCAAUACAAGAGAAACCAGGACGUCGCCUUUGUUAGAAAAGGAGACUGUCGAUCGUCGUCGAGGGCAUGUACGAAACCUUUCCGAACACUUUUAUGAUGCCACUAGUUUGACUGGUGAAGGUUCUCCAGACCCACGUCAAAUGACAGGUUCUUCUUAUGCGACAUCUCGUGAAGUAGGACAAAAGCAUCGGCGUGGUUUUUCUGGUGAAUUCUCUCUUCCUGCGGAAGCCCAUAGACGAAUCAACUCGAUUGGUAAUUCCGCUUCUGUCAGCAGACCCAACUAUAGUCAGGAUCGACGACACCAACGUGUGGAUAGUGGUUUGGAUAUCUUGACAGCCGUUGCCGGUGCUUCUCGAGAAGAAUUGGCAAUGGCGGCCGGAGAACGGGGCCGAGACGAGCGACGACCUUGGGAAGCUCCACCGCCUUCCUCUUCUUCCAUUCGCCGUUCUCCUGUAGAACUGUUGUCUUAUGAUCACAGUGCCAGCAGAACCCAAGAGCAUCCACCACCACCGACAAUACCAAUUAGCGCACCACCACCGUCAAGAGAACAUCAUGCGGGAUAUCCAGGUGGUCAUCAUCAUCACCCACCACCUCCACCAAGCUAUUACGGAGCACCACCACCAGCAUAUCCACAACACAUGUAUCCACCUCAUCAAUCACCACACUACUAUCCUCCUCAACCCCAUCACUACGCCCGUCACUUACCACCCCAUCCACCUCGAUCGGGAUACCCCAUGCAGUAUUCACGGGCCCAAAGUCCUUACAAGGCACCGUAUGUUCACCAUCCCAUGGCACAGCCCACCUUUCCAAGAAAUAGUCCACCGGAACCCAUUUAUUCAGCACGCGAGGCCACCGGGCGAGAGUCGAUGAGUCCACCGCCCCCGGUUCCUUCUGCGCACUGGCAUCAACCUGGAACCACUCAAGGGAGCCAGACAGUAAUGACCACGAUUGGAGUGGAAGAUGGUGGACGCACAUUGCAUCCAUCUACCAAGGGCGGAAGGCCAGAGAAACCAUCUCGUAGCAAGCAUCAUCGCAAGACUUCUUCUAUCAAUAGCCUUGUCUUUUUGGGGGAGACUGCGGAGCAAAUGGCCAAGGAAGGACACCAUCGAGCUACUUCUUCGACUGUAUCGUUUUUGAACGGUGUCUUGGAUGUGAACCUCGAAGGUGAUGCGGCAUUUUUGCACAAUUUGCAUGCGUCCGGUGCGGCUCCAGCACCACCACCACCACCAUAUGAGGCACGUAAGGGAGUGAAAAAGGUGGAAUCACGAUCAUCCACGCCGCCACCACCUCCUCCACCCCAAGACACUUCGCCAACGGACAGUUUGGGCAAUAGUAAAUUGGCUCCAGGAGGUACCAGCAAGCGAGUUCGCCGCAAGUGUACUAUAGAAGGAUGUCCCAACCGAGUAGUCCAGGGAGGACUCUGUAUUUCGCAUGGGGCCAAGCGCAAGCAAUGCAAACAUCCAGGAUGCAACAAGAAUGUGAAGAAGGCUGGUUUAUGCAGUACUCAUGGUCCAGCACGCAAGCGUUGCGAAUUUCAAAGUUGCAACAAGGUCGCAGUGCAAGGGGGCAGAUGCAUUGCCCAUGGUGCCAAGAAGAAACUUUGUUUGAUUGAUGGAUGUGCCAAGCAGGCCAUUUUGGCAGGCAUGUGCAAGAAGCACCACGACCACAGUCAAGGUCCUUCUGACAAUAGCAUCCAACCUCCUCCGGUUGAUUCCAUGGCACAAUGCGUUCCAGUUGAUUCCGAACCAGUGGAACGGGAAAUCGUUCCCAUCAAGACCUCUAAUCGCCCCAAGAACAAGGCUCGGGGGCACACUCGGGGACUAUCCAUCUUUCAAGAAAUGACUGCCGAUACAGUCGGCAACUUGCUGUUGGAGGAUCCUGAGGAUCCGUCCAACGAAUCUGGUACCGAAAACCAGCGACGUGUAUUUGGAAUGUAUUAG